AUGGGUACAUGUGCUAGUACUAAAGCUGCAGGAGGUUCUCCGCGGAUAACCCCCGCUAAUAGCCUUAACGCACUGGCUCCCCAGAAAGCGCCACCGAAAGAAAAACCAGCUGCAGAAGAAAAAGAAGUUUUGAAAGAGGUUUUAACAACCGAAGACCAAGACAAGUUAGAAAUGCAAGCCGAAGGGAUUUCUUUAUCUUCGGAAAGUGUGCCUUCUGAUCGUGAAGAGGAGUUGGAAAAGCUAGAGAUCAUAGAAGAUUCGGACAGAAUUCCUGAUUAUUCCGAAGCAGAACAAUCUGGUGUGUCCUCUGCAAUAAAUAACAACACCUGUGAAACAAACAUUCCAGCUGUUGAAUCGACAAAUAAUGAAAGUGAUAAAAGAGAUGUAGAAAUAGUACCUGAAAAUGUAUCCGAGAAAGAGACAGAACAAAUCCCCAUCCCCAUUGAAAAACAAGAAAACAUCGGUGCUGCAGCACCUGUUUCAACUGCAGAUGAAAACAUUCAAUUAGAGAGUCAAAAUGACAUUAAAGAGGAACAAAAAGACAACGAUUUUAAAGAGGUCCCAUUGGACACUGAAUCCGAAGAGACCGUUUCUCAAUCAUCUGAUAAGCAACAAGUGACUGAAGUCACAGAAGUAAGUCACACAACAGACACAGAGGCAGAGAAAGUAGUUACAGAAGAAAAGCUAACGAAAGAUGAGCAGGACAGCGGACAGACAAAAGACGAAACUACGGAAGAUGAAACCAAAGUAGGAGAGACAGCAAAACAGCCCGGCAAUUUCACUGAUGCGACUGAAACAAGUGCCGAUGAUAAAAUAAAUAUGCAGAAGGAUGAUUCGGGAGACAGUAGUGAAAACAGAUCCAAGGUCGCAGAAGAAGAAUUAAUACGGUCUUUGAAACAAUUAGAAGACUUGACAGUUCAAGCAGCAACAAUGGCAGCGGCACUAGGACAAAACGUCAAGGACCAGGAUGAAGGAGCUCCGAAAUCAAGUUCUACAGAAAACACUAAUCUCGAAUUAGGGUCUGAGUAUGAACAACCAAACAAAAUGGAAAACGCCAACCUGGUAACAGAGGCAGAAAUCCAGCCACCAAACGAAAUGGAAGCAUUAAAUGAAGUGGAGACGAGUGCCGCUGGUGCUGCGCCAGCGGAUGCCUUCGUUGCAACAGGUGAGUCGGCUUCGACUCCAGCUGUUGAGAAAAACCAAGAAGAACGCAAUGUACCAGAUGAUGAACAUACUAAGAUGAAUAUUGAUCCAACAGAGGUGGCGCAGCAGGUGGACCCUACGCCAGGUGAAGUUAAACAAAACGAGCACUCUGAUUCCGUGGUUACACCACAGAAGCAGACUACCGAAAUUCAGGCCCCUCAGCUAGUAAGACAAGAAGCGGUCGAUUCCGAUUCUACGCCAGCAAGUCCAGGACCGACAACAAAAGAAACCCCAGCAACCUCUGAAAUAAUAAGAAACCGGUUAGUAGACCUCAAUGAGCAUUCCGAAGCCGCAAUUUUAGAAACAAAUAUGGAGAUCACAUCUAAUGGUGAGCAAGAGGCGAAGCAAAGUAAACCAGAAGGGCAGAUUGCAACAGACGGAGAACACUUACCCAGUUCAGUUGUAGAUGAUAGCGCUGAAGAGAAAGAAUGUAUUAUUACCGAGUCUUCCGAAACUAUAGAUGGAAAGAGUGCCCCGGUGACGAUAUCGGAAGAGGACAAGAAGGUAGCAGCAGAUACCACAGAUGACGUAGCAGUUCCUCAGGUUCCUGUAGAAGAGGAGGUAGAACAGGAAGCUACCCUUACAGACGAGCCCGCGGAAAUUCAAACCGGUCCGACUGAGCCAGCCAGUAUUGUCCCAUCUGAAGCGAUCACUGAGAAUACUUUAGAACCAAAAGCUACAGAGCCUGAAAAUGAAGUCAAACCAGUUAGAAGCGACAAUGAGGAUAUUAAAUAUUCUGAAGUUGAAAUCGCUAUUCCUGUUAACGGCGUCAACACGUCGAUUCAUUCAGAAGAAAAAGCCAAAGAUGGAGCAUCGUCCAAGCAUGCUGAAAUGCCAGUUAUCAUGGUGGAGGACACUAUUGCCAAGUGUGAAGCAACACCUAUAGAGUGCGCUGUGCCAGCAGAGGACCACGACAACGAAGCGCCAAUUUCCCCUCUACAGAUAUACAACCGGCUUCUAGCCGUUCAGAGAGAAAUGUCGACGAUGCAAAUUCAAUUAACAAAACUGCAAAGUGCUAUGCGCAAUAGUUCACAUGCACUAAUGGACGUUAUCGAAUUAACAGAAAAGCAGCUUGGCAUAAACUGA